AUGCCACCCAGGUUUGACCGGGAGACUAGAAAGCGUAUGCUGAACGCUUUCAGGAAGCAUUCUCCACCUCACUAUAUAGGUGGAAGAGACCCCAUAAUAGCAUUGGAGUGGCUCCAAGAGAUGGAGCACAUUUUUCUGGUCAUCAAAUGCGAUGUCGAGACGAAGCUUUUGUAUGUUGUGUACAUGUUACAGGGAGAUGCAGUAGACUGGUGGAGCAAUGUCAGACACCCAUUGGAGUGCCAAGGUUAUGCAAUUACUUGGCCGUUAUUUGAGAGGCAUUUUCUGCAGAAGUACUUCCCUGAUGAAGCAAGGGAAAAGAAGAAGAGUGAGUUUGAAGACCUCUGGCAGGGAGGCAUGACGGUGGAUGAAUAUCUGAGCAAGUGCAACAGCUUGACAAAAUAUUCUUGUUAUGGUAGAGUUCCCCUCACUCUAGAAGAUAAGGCCUUUCGAUUCAAGAAGGGCCUGAAUGAUAUGAUAGCGGAGAAGCUGGCUGGUCAUUGUACCAGAGAUUUUAUGGAGCUGAUCAAGCAGUGCAAGAAUAUUCAGGAGUACUAUCGUACUAGGGGAAAGGAAGCAGCAGGAAAGAGCUUCAGUGGAAGGACUACGCCCUGGAAGGGUAAGGGCAAAUGUUUGCAAGCACAACAGAACACCAAGUUUAAGAAGACUCCCUUCGUGAAGAAUGGAAGCGGCAUGCCUGGUGCAGGGAAGAUUCCCACUUCUGCCAAGUGUGGGAAGAUGCAUACAAGUGUUUGUCGACUGGGGCAGAAUGUCUGCUUCAGUUGUGGUCAGGCAGGACACUAUUCCAGAUAG